AUGUGGGAACUGAGGCUCAGAGAGGCAAAGUCCCCUUCAGUCUGCACAGCUAGUCAGGGAAGAGUCAGAUUGGACCAGCUCCACACCCCUGCUCUUUGUCCUGCUCGGGGCUGCCUGGGCUCAGGGCUGGAGAUGGCCAUCACGGACCUCCAGAGCUCCUGGAACAACCUGCAGCACCACACGCAGGAGAUCGGCACUGGCCGCCUCAUCGUCCGCCGGGGGCAGCCCUUCAAUAUCACCUUGUACUUCAGAAACCGGAGCUUCCAGCCAGGCCUGGACAACAUCAUCUUUGUGACUGAGACUGGCCCUCUGCCGGACCUGGCCAAGGGCACUCGGGCAGUGUUCAGCCUGGCAAGUCGUGGCGGCCCCAGCCCGUGGAUUGCCUCCAUGGAGACCAACAGGCUCAACUCCCUGGAGGUGAGCCUCUGCGCCCCUCCUGUGGCGGCUGUGGGUCGGUAUCUUCUGAAGAUCCACAUUGACUCCUUCCAGGGCUCGGUCACAGCCUAUCAGAUCGGGGAGUUCAUCCUGCUCUUCAAUCCCUGGUGCCCAGCGGAUGCUGUCUAUUUGGACAGUGAGCCUCACAGGCAGGAGUACGUCAUGAAUGAUUAUGGCUUCAUUUACCAAGGGAACAAGAACUGGAUCCAUCCAUGCCCCUGGAACUAUGGACAGUUUGAAGAGAACAUCAUCGACAUCUGCCUGGAGCUUUUAGACAAGAGCCUGAACUUCCAGAUCGACCCAGCCACGGACUGUGCCCUCCGAGGAAGUGCCGUCUAUAUCGGCAGGGUGGUGUGCGCCAUGAUCAACAGCAAUGACGACAAUGGAGUCCUCAACGGAAACUGGAGUGAGAAUUACUCAGACGGCAUCAACCCUGCCGAGUGGAACGGCAGUGUGGCCAUCUUGAAACAGUGGCAUGCCCUGGGCUGCCAGCCAGUACGCUACGGACAGUGCUGGGUCUUUGCUGCCGUCAUGUGCACAGUGAUGAGGUGCCUGGGGAUCCCCACCCGUGUGAUCACCAACUUUGAGUCUGGCCACGACACAGAUGGAAACCUGAUCAUCGACGAGUACUACGACAGCACGGGCAGGAUUCUGGAGAACAAGAAGAAGGACACUGUCUGGAAUUUCCACGUCUGGAACGAGUGCUGGAUGGCCCGGAAAGACCUUCCCCCUGGAUACGGAGGCUGGCAGGUGCUGGACGCCACCCCUCAGGAGACAAGUAAUGGCCUCUACUGCUGCGGGCCUGCCUCUGUCAGAGCCAUCAAAGAGGGCGAAGUGGACCUGAACUUCGACACGCCCUUUGCCUUUUCCAUGGUGAAUGCCGACUGCAUGUCCUGGCUUGUCUCCGAAGGGCAGGAACAGAAACUUCACCAGGACACAGAUUCUGUUGGCAUUUUUAUCAGUACGAAGAGCAUUCUGAGUGACGCGCGAGAUGAUGUCACUGAGAACUAUAAAUACGAAGAAGGUUCCCCGCAGGAGAGGCAGGUAUUUCUGAAGGCUCUUCAGAAGCUGAAGGCUGGUCUAUCCGAGGGUGCCUACCAAGCAGAUAACAAACCUUCCAGACCGACGACAGUGAGCGGGGACAGGUCUCGAAGCCUGGCCACACCUUCCCCGCGGACCAGUGAUGUCAUCCAAGUUUCCCUGAAAUUCAAGCUGCUCGACCCACCCAACAUGGGCCAGGACAUCAACUUUGUCCUGCUAGCCCUCAACCUGUCCACCCAGUUCAAAGACCUCAAGGUGAACCUGAGUGCCCAGUCCCUGCUGCAUGACGGCAGCCCCUUGCCCCCAUUCUGGCAGGACAUGGUCUUCAUCACCCUCACUGCUGAAGAAGAGAAAACCCAUCCCUGCAAAAUCCCCUAUACCCAGUACAGCCGGUUCCUGUCCAUGGACAAGCUGAUCCGCAUCAGUGCCCUAGGGGAAGUGACGAGCUGCCCUGAGAAGGUCUUGGUGACUAAGAUCAUCACGCUGGCCUACCCUGCCAUCACAAUUAAUGUUCUAGGAGCUGCCAUUGUGAACCAGCCACUCUCCAUAGAGGUGAUAUUUGUGAACCCCCUCUUUGAGCAGGUUGAGGAGUGUGUGUUGACCGUGGAAGGCAGUGGUCUCUUCAAAAAGCAGCAAACAGUCAUCAUCGGAACCCUCAAACCCCAGCAUCAGGCAAGCGUCACUCUGGAAACUGUUCCCUUCAAAAGUGGCCAACGGCAGAUUCAAGCGAACCUGAGGAGCAACAAAUUUAAGGAUAUCAAGGGUUACAGAAACGUAUAUGUAGACUUUGGCUUAUAA